AUGGCGGAGGACACGCUAACUCGGACUGACUCAGUUGACUCGACCGAUAAAAAGCGAGUCAGGGACGAGUCUGAAGAUACAAUUCUUGACACGCCGGAGGUGAAGAGGCUGAGAGAUGAUUUAUUCGAUGUUUUCGAUGACUCGGAUCCUGAACCGGUGAGUCAAGAUCUCGACUCGGUGAUGAAGAGUUUCGAGAACGAGUUAUCUUCGACCGUUACAACGGAAACUCAGCCGGAUCUCGGUUACCUUCUAGAGGCUUCCGAUGACGAGCUUGGCUUACCACCGCCUCCACAGGUUUCUACGAUUCCCGCCGUGAAGGAGGUGGAGACGACGGAGGAGGUAACGGAUUUGAUACGAGCGUCGUCAGAUUCGUCGGGAAUCGACGAGUUAUGGGGGUUCGAGGAUCGCGUCUCGGAUUACGGCUCUUUGGAUUUCGGUUCCGGCGUUGGAGAUUACGUCGCCGUGGAGGGGCUAUUUGAUUUUUCCGACGGUUGUUUUGAUUCCGGCGAUCUGUUUUCGUGGCGGGCGGAGUCUCUUCCCGCGGAAUAA